AUGUUAACUUUGAAAGGAGGAAGCAGACCACCAUGGGUAGGUUUAGGAGCAUCAGUUUGGGUUCAAAUAGCAUCAGGAAACACCUUUACUUUUCCUCUAUACUCACACUCUUUGAAAUCUGUUUUGGGUUUCAAUCAAAGGCAAGUUAAACUUCUUGGUGUUGCUAAUGAUAUUGGUGAAAACGUUGGUUUGCUUCCUGGUAUCGCUUGCAAUACGUUUCCGCCUUGGCUUAUACUCUCUGUUGGUGCUUUUGCUUCUUUUCUUGGCUAUGGUAUUAUCUGGCUUGCUGUUAGCCAAACAGUUACCAAUCUUCCUUAUUUGCUGGUCAGUGUGUGUGGUUCUGCUGCAUAUGUCUCCCAAUCAGCAUGGAUACAAUCAGGAACUAUAAAAGAAAAUAUACUCUUUGGAAGUAUAAAAGACAAAGCAAAAUCUAUAGUAACACUUUUAUAUAAGAGUGUAGGAUCAUGCCUUGUAUUAGCAUUUGGGUAUACUUUGCUCCAGGAUCCAUUCAGCUGGAGAAACAUAAUGGGUAUUCUAUUAGCCAUGGUUGGGAUGAUUCUAUAUUCUUACUAUUGUACUCUUGAGAAUAAGCAAAAAGCCAUUGAAGCUGCUGCACUAGGGUUAAAACAGGGGUGGAUCGGUCGGUUUGUGUUCUACUUUCUAUAG